CUCUUGAACCGGAUGUGUGCAUGUCGUUGUCAUAUGAAUUCAUGGUUCACGUUGCAGUGGAAGCAUUUCUAGCUACAACAUGGGAAUUGGGAACGACAAGUGACAGUGUGAUGACUGUAUAUCAAGUUUAGCGUAAACAACAGUGUAGAAAAUAACAGUUUAUGUGCCGGAUCUUAUCCUAGAUCGGUAUUUCUGCCGGAGGUUGGCGGGGGCAAACAGAAGUCACGAUGGUGAAAGAGCAGUUUAGAGAGACUGAUGUGGCCAAAAAAAUAAGCCACAUCUGUUUUGGGAUGAAGUCGGCUGAACAGAUGAGACAGCAGGCUCAUAUCCAGGUGGUCAGUAAGAACCUGUACAGCCAGGACACCAGCCAUACUCCUCUACCAUACGGAGUACUGGAUCACCGCAUGGGCACCAGUGAGAAGGAUCGUCCAUGUGAGACGUGUGGGAAGAACCUGGCAGACUGUCUGGGACACUAUGGAUAUCUGGACCUGGAGAUGCCCUGUUUUCAUGUGGGCUAUUUCAAAGCCAUCAUUGGAAUCCUACAGAUGAUCUGUAAGACGUGUUCUCACAUCAUGUUGACCAAAGAGGAGAAACUACAGUUUAUGGAUGUGUUGAAGAGGCCAGGCCUAGCAUACCUCCAGAAACGAGGAAUGAAGAAGAAGAUAUCCGACAAAUGCCGCAAAAGGACAAUGUGUCUCAAUUGCUCCACGUUAAAUGGACCAGUGAAGAAGUGUGGCUUGCUAAAGAUCCUCCACGAGAAAUACAAGACAACCAAGAAAGUGGUGGACACUGUAGUAUCAGACUUUCUCAACUCAUUCGAUAUCGCAAUAGAACACAACAAAGAAGUGGAGGGCUUGCUUAACAGGGCUCAGGAGAACCUGAGUCCUCUGGUGGUGUUGAACCUGUUCAGGAGGAUUCCAGCGGAGGACAUUCCUCUGCUCCUGAUGAACCCUGAGGCAGGUAAGCCUGCAGACCUCAUCCUCACCCGUCUGCUGGUACCCCCACUCUGCAUCCGCCCCUCUGUCAUCUCAGACCUCAAGUCAGGUACUAAUGAGGAUGACCUCACCAUGAAGCUCACAGAGAUCAUCUUCCUCAAUGACGUCAUCAAGAAGCACCGUAUGUCAGGGGCCAAGACCCAGAUGAUCAUGGAGGACUGGGACUUCCUCCAGCUGCAAUGUGCUCUCUACAUCAACAGUGAGCUCUCUGGCAUCCCCCUCAACAUGGCCCCUAAGAAGUGGACCAGAGGCUUCGUUCAGAGACUCAAGGGCAAACAAGGGCGAUUCCGUGGAAACCUCUCGGGGAAGAGAGUGGAUUUCUCUGGGAGAACUGUCAUCUCUCCGGACCCCAACCUGCGGAUUGAUGAGGUGGCCGUCCCUGUGCACGUGGCCAAAAUCCUGACCUACCCAGAGAAGGUGAACAAGGCCAACUUAGAGAUGCUGAGGAAGCUGGUGCGUAACGGUCCCGAGGACCACCCUGGAGCCAACUUCAUCCAGCAACGUCACACGCAGAUGAAGAGGUUUCUGAAGUACGGGAACCGAGAGAAGAUGGCCCAGGAGCUGAGGUUUGGAGACGUGGUGGAGAGACACAUGAUCGAUGGAGACAUCGUCCUCUUCAACCGACAGCCCUCUCUACACAAACUCAGCAUCAUGGCUCAUAUUGCCAAAGUGAAGCCUCACAGAACGUUCCGGUUCAACGAGUGUGUGUGCACGCCGUACAACGCUGACUUUGACGGGGACGAGAUGAACCUUCACCUUCCCCAGACAGAGGAGGCCAAGGCUGAAGCCCUGGUGCUGAUGGGGACCAAAGCCAACCUGGUGACCCCCAGAAACGGAGAGCCUCUGAUUGCUGCUAUUCAAGACUUUCUGACAGGAGCCUACCUGUUGACCCUGAAGGACACUUUCUUCGAUAGGUCUAAAGCCUGCCAGAUAGUGGCCUCUAUCCUGGUGGGGGUGGAUGAGAAGAUCAAGAUAGCUCUCCCACACCCUGCCAUACUCAAGCCCGUGACUCUGUGGACAGGGAAGCAGCUCUUUGGUCUGAUCCUGAAGCCCAGUAAGGACUGUCCAGUCAAGGCCAACCUGAGGACCAAGGGGAAACAGUACAGCGGCAAAGGAGAGGACCUCUGCAGCAAUGACUCCUUCGUGGUGAUCCAGAACAGUGAGUUGAUGUGUGGUACCAUGGAUAAAGGCACGUUGGGCUCUGGCUCCAAGAAGAACAUAUUCUACAUCCUGCUGAGAGACUGGGGGCAGCUGGAGGCAGCCAACGCCAUGUCUCGCCUGGCCCGCAUCGCUCCUACAUACCUCUCCAAUCGGGGUUUCUCCAUUGGUAUUGGUGACGUGACCCCGGGCCAGGGUCUGCUGAAGGCCAAACAGGACCUGCUGGACGGAGGCUAUGCCAAGUGUGACGAGUACAUCGAGGCCCUGAAGACGGGCAAACUGCAGCAACAGCCAGGCUGCACGGCUGAGGAGACGCUGGAGGCCCUCAUCCUGAAGGAGCUAUCUGUUAUCAGAGACCAUGCCGGCAGCGCCUGCCUCAGAGAACUGGACAAGACCAACAGUCCUCUGAUUAUGGCUCUGUGUGGCUCCAAAGGAUCCUUCAUCAACAUCUCCCAGAUGAUUGCCUGUGUGGGCCAGCAGGCUAUAAGCGGCUCUCGAGUGCCCGACGGCUUUGAGAACCGCUCGCUGCCACACUUUGAGAAACACUCUAAACUUCCUGCGGCUAAAGGCUUUGUGGCUGACAGCUUUUAUUCAGGCCUGACGCCCACGGAGUUCUUUUUCCACACUAUGGCUGGUCGAGAGGGCUUGGUGGACACCGCCGUUAAAACAGCAGAGACCGGAUACAUGCAGAGGCGUCUGGUGAAGUCGUUGGAGGACCUGUGUUCCCAGUAUGAUCUGACGGUACGGAGCUCCACGGGUGACAUCAUCCAGUUCGUCUAUGGGGGGGACGGCCUGGACCCGGCCGCCAUGGAGGGGAAAGAUGAACCGUUAGAGUUCAACAGAGUUCUGGACAACAUCCGGUCUGUCCAUACGUGUUCAGAGCAGCCAGCCCUUAGUAAGAAUGAGUUGGUCCUGACGGCAGAGUCCAUCAUGAAGAGGAGUGACUUCAAGUGCUGCCGAGACAGCUUCCUCGAGGAGAUCAAGAAGUUCAUCAAGGCUACAUCUGAGAAAAUCAAGAAGACCAGGGACAAAUACGGCAUCAACGACAAUGGCACCACAGAGCCCAGAGUCCUGUAUCAGUUGGAUCGCAUCACUCCCAGCCAGCUAGAGAAGUUUCUGGAGACCUGCAGGGACAAGUACAUGAGAGCUCAGAUGGAGCCGGGCUCAGCCGUAGGGGCCCUGUGUGCCCAGAGCAUUGGGGAGCCUGGCACACAGAUGACCCUGAAAACCUUCCACUUUGCUGGGGUAGCCUCCAUGAACAUCACCCUGGGGGUCCCACGCAUCAAGGAGAUCAUCAACGCCUCCAAGAACAUCAGCACACCUAUAAUCAGCGCUCACUUGGAUGUUGACGACGAUGCAGACUUUGGCCGACUGGUGAAAGGAAGGAUUGAAAAGACCCUUCUGGGAGAGAUUUCAGAGUACAUUGAAGAGGUGUUUCUGCCAGACGACUGUUUCAUUCUGGUCAAGCUGUCACUGGAGAGGAUCAGACUUCUACGACUAGAGGUAAAUGCAGAGACGGUCCGCUACUCUAUCUGCAUGUCUAAGCUGAGAGUGAAGCCUGGAGACAUAGCUGUACACGGGGAGGCAGUGGUCUGUGUAUCUCCCAGGGAAAACAGCAAGAGCUCCAUGUACUACGUCCUCCAGUCUCUAAAGGAUAACCUGCCCAAGGUGGUGGUACAGGGUAUCCCUGAGGUGUCCAGAGCUGUCAUUCACAUCGACGAGCAGACCGGCAAGAACAAGUACAAGCUGCUGGUUGAGGGAGACAACCUACGCAGCGUCAUGGCAACCCACGGUGUCAACGGCAACAGGACCACCUCAAACAACACCUAUGAGGUUGAGAAGACGCUUGGCAUCGAGGCUGCUAGGUCCACCAUCAUCAAUGAGAUACAGUACACCAUGGUGAACCACGGUAUGAGCAUCGACAGGCGACACGUCAUGCUCCUGGCAGACCUCAUGUCCUAUAAGGGUGAGAUCCUAGGUAUCACCAGGUUUGGCCUGGCUAAGAUGAAGGAGAGUGUGUUGAUGCUGGCGUCCUUUGAGAAAACUGCCGACCAUCUCUUUGAUGCUGCGUACUUUGGUCAGAAGGACUCUGUCUGUGGUGUAUCAGAAUGCAUCAUCAUGGGAAUCCCCAUGAACAUCGGUACAGGACUGUUCAAGCUCUUACACAAGGCUGACAAGGACCCCACUCCACCCAGGAGACCCCUGCUCUUCGACAGCGCCGAGUUCCACAUCCCCUUGGUUACAUAGUAGAACCCUGGGCUGGCGUCUGUCCCAGUAGAACCCUGGGCUCAUGUCUGUCCCAGUAGAACCCUGGGCUCAUGUCUGUCCCAGUAGAACCCUGGGCUCUGUCUGUCCCAGUAGAACCCUGGGCUCAUGUCUGUCCCAGUAGAACCCUGGGUUCAUGUCUGUCCCAGUAGAACCCUGGGUUCAUGUCUGUCCCAGUAGAACCCUGGGUUCAUGUCUGUCCCAGUAGAACCCUGGGUUCAUGUCUGUCCCAGUAGAACCCUGGGUUCAUGUCUGUCCCAGUAGAACCCUGGGUUCAUGUCUGUCCCAGUAGAACCCUGGGUUCAUGUCUGUCCCAGUAGAACCCUGGGCUCAUGUCUGUCCCAGUAGAACCCUGGGUUCAUGUCUGUCCCAGUAGAACCCUGGGUUCAUGUCUGUCCCAGUAGAACCCUGGGUUCAUGUCUGUCCCAGUAGAACCCUGGGUUCAUGUCUGUCCCAGUAGAACCCUGGGCUCUGUCUGUCCCAGUAGAACCCUGGGCUCAUGUCUGUCCCAGUAGAACCCUGGGCUCUGUCUGUCCCAGUAGAACCCUGGGCUCAUGUCUGUCCCAGUAGAACCCUGGGCUCUGUCUGUCCCACACCCAACAUCUAAUAAUGUAAAAUAAUAUGGUCAUUUAGUAGAUGCUUAAAUCCAAAGGCACCUACAGUUACAUAGUGGCACAUCUGCAGUAUAUGUGGCCCGUUGGGAAUCAACCCCACAAGCCUUACUGUACUGAUCAUUGUUUAUGCUUAUUUUGCUAUCAAUGAAUGACAGUUGACGUGUGUGUGUGUGUGUGUGUGUGUGUGUGUGUGUGUGUGUGUGUGUGUGUGUGUGUGUGAUGGGGUAAAGAGAGCAUGGGGCACAUACACAAGGAGUGCCUUAAAGUGAAGCUUUUGUUUUCUCUCCGUGAAGCUUCAUAUAACAUCUUCCUUUUGGCUUUGUGUUUAUUGUGUUAUUUUAUACCACUUCUUCUACAGGACUACAGAGAGAGAAGUGCCUGUCAAAACAUCUCCAGCUUCUUCCACAAUGGAAGAACUGACGUUCACCUGUUUUUAUUUGUUUAGUCGUGGCCUCAUGUGGACUCACUGUAUUAUGUUGGCCGUUUGUGUUCCAUGCUUUGCCCUUUUCUGAAUUUACAAUAAAGUGUGUUUGACGCUGGAAAGAGGGAAGCGUUGAAGUCACUUAUUUGAUUAGAAAUAUGGUUUGAUGUUGUUCACUGGCUGAAAGGAGCCUGUUCAACAAGUCUGUAAAGUGUGUGCUUGAGCCAACUCUUCUGACUGUCAUUGCCACACAGCUUUGUUAUGCCAUUCAUGGUUGGUGUGACACUGAUUGAACAACCUGGAGACAGAAGUUGACUGAAGCACAGAGCCAUGUGGAGCCUGGUUACAAUGAACCCUGUCUAUACUAUAGGAUGGUCUUUGAUGCCCAGGCUUCACUCCGGUUGUUUCUUAAGGUGAGGUUACUGUAUGGUGACUGUUCUCUAAAACCUCGGAACAAAUUGGCUUUUUGUGUUUACUGCUGGCUUGUGGGGUUUUCUCAGUGUUUAAAACAUCCCUCUACUGUAUGGAUGUCUGUAUGGUUUAAAACGUCCCUCUACUGUCUGUAUGGAUGUCUGUAUAGAUUAAAACAUCCCUCUACUGUAUGUAUGGAUGUCUGUAUGGAUUAAAACAUCCCUCUACUGUAUGUAUGGAUGUCUGUAUGGUUUAAAACAUCCCUCUACUGUAUGGAUGGAUGUCUGUAUGGUUUAAAACGUCCCUCUACUGUCUGUAUGGAUGUCUGUAUAGAUUAAAACAUCCCUCUACUGUAUGUAUGGAUGUCUGUAUGGAUUAAAACAUCCCUCUACUGUAUGUAUGGAUGUCUGUAUGGUUUAAAACAUCCCUCUACUGUAUGGAUGGAUGUCUGUAUGGUUUAAAACGUCCCUCUACUGUCUGUAUGGAUGUCUGUAUGGUUUAAAACGUCCCUCUACUGUAUGUAUGGAUGUCUGUAUAGAUUAAAACAUCCCUCUACUGUAUGUAUGGAUGUCUGUAUAGAUUAAAACAUCCCUCUACUGUAUGUAUGGAUGUCUGUAUGGAUUAAAACAUCCCUCUACUGUAUGUAUGGAUGUCUGUAUGGAUUAAAACAUCCCUCUACUGUAUGGAUGGAUGUCUGUAUGGUUUAAAACAUCCCUCUACUGUAUGUAUGGAUGUCUGUAUGGUUUAAAACAUCCCUCUACUGUAUGUAUGGAUGUCUGUAUGGAUUAAAACAUCCCUCUACUGUAUAUAUGGAUGUCUGUAUGGUUUAAAACAUCACUCUACUGUAUGUCUGUAUGGAUUAAAACAUCCCUCUACUGUAUGUAUGGAUGUCUGUAUGGUUUAAAACAUCCCUCUACUGUAUGUAUGGAUGUCUGUAUGGAUUAAAACAUCCCUCUACUGUAUGUAUGGAUGUCUGUAUGGUUUAAACAUCCCUCUACUGUAUGUAUAGAUUAAAACAUCCCUCUACUGUAUGUAUAGAUUAAAACAUCCCUCUACUGUAUGUAUGGAUGUCUGUAUGGUUUAAACAUCCCUCUACUGUAUGUAUAGAUUAAAACAUCCCUCUACUGUAUGUAUGGAUGAGUCUUCGUGGUUUAUGUGUUAUCGCCAGCAGCAUACCACUCUGCAUACCACUCUGCAUACCACUGCUGGCUUGCUUCUGAAGCUAAGCAGGGUUGGUCCUGAUCAGUCCCUGGAUGGGAGACCAGAUGCUGCUGGAAGUGGUGUUGGAGGGCCAGUAGGAGGCACUCUUUCCUCUGGUCUAAAAAAUAUCCCAAUGCCCCAGGGCAGUGAUUGGGGACACUGCCCUGUGUAGGGUGCCGUCUUUCGGAUGGGACGUUAAACGGGUGUCCUGACUCUCUGAGGUCAUUAAAGAUCCCAUGGCACUUAUCGUAAGAGUAGGGGUGUUAACCCCGGUGUCCUGGCUAAAUUCCCAAUCUGGCCCUCAAACCAUCAUGGUCACCUAAUAAUCCCCAGUUUACAAUUGGCUCAUUCAUCCCCCUCCUCUCCCCUGUAACUAUUCCCCAGGUCGUUGCUGCAAAUGAGAAUGUGUUCUCAGUCAACUUACCUGGUAAAAUAACGGUAAAAUAA